GUCCCGUUUGUGUGCUAUUUUACAAAUAAUGGAUAUAUGUUCUAGUCAUAGUUGGUAAAGAUAUCGAUAGCAUCGUGCGUCUGCUAAAUGACUUAAAUGUAAAUGUAAAUGUACAGUUGCUUUGCUAGCUAACGUUAGCUACAGUGCACUAUUAUUAGUAUUUAUUUAGCACACAUAGCUAGCUUGCCAAAUACAGCUAGCUUUUUGGCUAGUUAGCUAACAAAAUACUUAGCCAGGUGAAACGACACUUUGACUAGAUACAGGAAUGUUAGCAUAUUUUUGUUAACUGACGAGUUCGUUCUGGCAGGGACUUUUGACAGUUACUCUAGCUUUGUUUGAGAGUGACUAGAUAACAAGUCAGCUAUCGUCUUCUAGUCGGCUAAAAGCGGUUUCGGUUGUUCUGAAGUAGAAGUGGGAGACACGAUCUGGGACACGACACUUUUUUUAGUUGGCUCCAUAUUUAUACCGAGGUGUUAUUUUACAGGGUUAUUUAAUAAUCAACAUUUAACGUGAGAGAUGGCGCACACGGAAGGACUGGAAAAUGCCAUGGGAGAGUGUUCAGGAAAACAGGGCUCGACUCUUAGCCUGAGAAGUCGACCAUGCUCCAGCGAAAGAGAUGGCCAGGUCCGCGUUGUUAAAGCCUCGCUUCAGAAGAGACUCGGACCUUACGAGCCGGUGUUGACCUACCUACAGUCCGUUCUGGUGUGGGAAAGGCCGUUUCAGAGUGUGCUACUCUUCACAGUGGUCAACGUUGUGUUCUGGUUCUUUGCCCUGACCUCGCUGCGCCUGCUCUUCCUGCUGUCCUCUGGCCUGGUUGUAUUCAUCUGCGUUGACAGCUGGAGGAACAAGAUCUGGCCUGAGAUCAGAGUUAAAAAACCUGAUGAGUCUGAAAAUGAAAGCUGGGGCCUGGUGCAGCCAGGGGUGCUCAGUGUUCCAGAGCUGUGUCACCACAUUGCUGAGGUCUGGGUCUCUGGGCUGGCCUUCACAUCCAGCCUGGUGCAGUUCAAACGCCACAACCCUGGCAAGUUCUGCCUCCUGACCUGUGCCCUCUUGACCUGUCUGGUCAUGGUUGGACGGUACAUUCCUGGACUGGUCCUCUCUUACUCUGCAGUGCUGGUUGUUCUGCUGUGCCCCCUGGCAGCGUACCACCGAGUGUGGCAGCGUGUGUGCAUGAAGCUGGAGCCGGCCCUGCAGUGGCUGGACUUCAGCGUUCGCGGGUAUAUGAUGUCAAAGCCCAUCGACAACCAGUUCCUCCGCAAGCCAAUUCGGGGUGCAGCAUCCGGUGAUGCCAGUGACAGUGAGGAGGAGCUUGCUGCAUUCUGCCCGACGUUUGACGAUGCUAUAGUGGCCAAAGAACUUGCGAUGACGGACUCUGAGCACUCUGACGCUGAGGUCUCGUACACAGACAAUGGGACCUUUAAUCUGUCCCGUGGCCAGACUCCUCUCACAGAGGGCUCAGAAGAUUUUGAUAGACACAGUGACAAUGAGGAGUCGUUUGCACGAGACCUCAAUGACUUCCCCUCCAUCAACCCAGACGCCACCCUGAUGGACGACGACGACGACUCCUGCAUCGGGCUGCCCAGCCUGGGUCUUCGGUCUGGGCGGACUGGCCCCCGAACCACGGCCGAGCUGCUGGAUGUGGAAUCCCACCUGGACUCUGACCAGGACGACCUGGACGAGGAGCUCUCCUUCGGCGGCCUCCCCCCUGCUUCUGACUUCCUUGGAGGUGACCUGGCUGGAAUCAUCGCUAGCAACAUGAUUCAGGCGGCAUUGGCUGGUGCCAUGCAGCCUCGUCCCCCUGCCGCCCGCAGAGAGAGGGUGGGGCCCACCAGAGCAGGGGCCCAUAGGGGCUACCGCAAGCAGUCUAGCUCGGAGCUGGACACGGACUUGGACGGAGAGGACUUUGAGAUGCUGGACCAGUCGGAGCUGAACCAGAUGGAUUCCUUUGGAGGUGCAGGAGGACGGGGAGGAGGGCAGGGUGGGGGACAGGGGUCCAGCUUCCUCUCCAACCUACUGGGGAAACCACAGUGAGGCGCCUCUACCUGUGCAUAACAAUCAAACUAAGUAUUUGUGUGUGAUUGAGUGAUUGGAAUGUUUAUGGAUUGUUCUGACUGCGUGUAUGUGUGAGUCAUUUAAUCGUAGGAUCCAGCAGCCAGGCUCCUGAUUGGCCUCAGUUGAUAUCACUGUGAAGUACUUCUGAUUUCUUUUUUUCUUCUGAUCUCACUUUUCAAUUUCUUCCUUUAGUCUGUAGCUUGUAUGUGUAAGCCACCAUCAUCCAGAAAGUCUUAUUUUGCAGGCUGAGCAAUAGGAAAUGCAAUGUAAAAAAAACUCCAUCUGUUUUUGAAACAGCAUUACAGAACCACUUCUCUGUCCUGUCAUCCAGUAUGCCCGAGUGAGUAAUACGUUUUUUUUAAGUCGACCACUAGGUAGUAUACACAUUUCCUAAAAUGCUAGACACACAGGGCUAUUUAAUAUGGGACCAAGUAUGACAUUCCUGUUGAUUAGUGAAGUUUUACAACUGCAAUGACCUUGUUUUGAAUAGUUUUAGCAAUAUCUGACUGGUACUCCCUUAGUAAAAACCACUGCUUUCAUUUUAAGACACUCAUUCUCUAUUAGAAACAAAGUAAAUAUUAAUGGUGAGAUUUAUUUUUAGAUCAUUCUUGAUUGAGACAUUCAUUUGUUUCGAGUCUGAAAUCAUUGUUUUAAAGAAAGGGGAUUGGCAUUUUAGUUAUGUUUUUUACUGUCUUCCCCCCCUGAAUGUUUCUUCCCAAACCAUUGGUCCUGUUUUGUUUGCUGUACUUCUGGGUAGAUCCGUGAAGGUAGGGUUGCCUCCUGUGUUCUCCAUGUGUCUUGAAUGAGCAGUCAUGGGCUAUUUUAGAUAUUUUUGUCUUUGUCAUCACAAUAAGUAACUUUAUCAAGUUAACCUGCUCCUUGUAUCCCUUCUCUCGUGGCAUUCCCAAUCCCUAUCACCAUCUUCACUCAUUUUUGCCGAUCCUUCUCCGAGGAGAAUCUGUAGAAUAUACAUGCAUAUGUAAGAAGUACAGAAUAUAAACCUUUUAGUUUAACCUCUAAACUCAUGCAUGAACCACAUUUUGUAAACGUCUUAAGAAAAUCAUCAGGAAAACAUGUUUACAUUGAUGGGUGAACAAAAUGCUGGUAUACAAAACUCAACCUGAUUAGCCUUUUUUUUAAGUGUGAAUAUGUAAUAUUGUCUUUUAAAAACUAGGGUGCAGUAAUGUUUUUGUGCAGGUCAGCAUGAUUAACCUGCGAUGGGCAAACAAGCUCCUGCUGCUUUUGUCUUUUCAUGGACACAAUCUAAUAAAUAGGAGUGGUGAUUCUUGGUCAAUGAAACUGAAAUGACCCGCAGAUGGGUUUUGCUGAAGUAGCUGGAUCAAACAAUCAGAAAGAGACAAUGCUGGUUUAUAUAUAUCUGUGACAAAUUGCCCAAUAACGCGAUUUGUGUGGUAUAGAAAAUCAUGAAUGUGGGAUUACUUACAAUAGAACUUCUAGAUCCCCCUGAUCAUGGACAUGGCCCAGAAAACAAUCUGUCUGAUCUGAAAAGGUUUGGGAUUUUAAUUAAAAAGAGUGAAUGUACAUGACUUGUUUUGGACCACUUUAGUUUAAAUAGGGCUUGUUGCAGUAUCGGUUCAUGAAGAUGGCCAGGCAAUUCUUCAUCCUUAGUAUUAUGUUCUAUAAAUGUGUUCAAGUAGUUUUUUUUUUUCUCUCUGACAUUGGUUUUGAUGUGCAAAUCUUAUUAAAUAUGAAGUCUGGAUUAAA